UAGACCCCAACACGCGACAAUUCGGUAGAGACCUCCACUCCUAAGGCUUGACAUAGCUUAUCCUUAUAUGUUUUUACAACGUCCUUGACCGAGACCUUAACCAACCGGAUCACUGGGGAACCCGCAUGACUUCCCAUUUGCCUGGUCUAUCUCGUCUGUGAGACCGUGAUCUGGUGGUGACAGAAUCAACCCCUUCCCCAACCCUCGAUGACUCGAAGGGAGCAUAUGACUUCUUGCCUCAUGGUUCUUUUGUUGACAGCUCGGUGAGGCCCUUUCCACGUACCUGUGCGUGUUAGUCCCCGCCGAAUACACUCCCUUGCGUUCGAAUAUGGCUGGUCAGUGGCGGCAAGAUGCAUCAGUUCCGGUGAACAACUCCUCAUAUCCGACCCAACCCCCGUUUAAACUUCCUCCCUCGAUCGGCUUCCCCUUCAAAAUGGACGAAGGAUAUUCGGAGGAUACCCGCAGCCAGCCGGAUGUCGAGGUCGCUUCAAGGUCCGACUCUCGCGCCGGCGACGCGUUGGAUGCGUAUCCCAAUGCGCUGUUGCCAGAGUGGAUUCUGGCACUAGGUGAACCGGAACGUUGUGAACUGGCAUACACCAUAAUGCGUUCCCUGAGAACAUCCUCCAUCGCGCAAAUCGUCGACCGUGUCAACCCGCUUCUCCAUCUCGACCCUGUCUCACAUCUCCCCCCCGAAAUCGUCCUGACAGUCCUCUCCAAUUUAACGGCGGAAGAACUCAUCAAAGCUUCGGUGCUUUCGAAAGGCUGGCAUUACCGUGCCCUCGAUGUGCAGCUGUGGCGGAGUCUCUUCCGCUCCGAAGGCUGGCGGUACAAUAUCCGCGAAGUACGAGAGUUUGAGGCGCGGGUAUUCACAUCGACGGUCGAGUCGAGGGAAAAACAUACCCGUGUGAGACGCGCAGAAGCGGAUGCUGGCCGCCAAUCCAGCAAACGCCGCGCUCAUGAGGGGUCCAUACGACUCGACACCGAAAUCACCGUUCCUUCAUCGUCAACAGCCGCAGAAGGAACCAGUGAUGGGCCCUAUGGCUGGGUGGAACAACAUGGUGUUAUCGAAGCGGACGAUAACUCGCCGAACAGCGACUCCGACAGGAUGCAGGGGGUAUCUUUCCAACACGAUCCAAUAUCGCCCGUCAUCGAGCCAAAUGAUGACAUGUCCGCUACGCCGAGCCAAUCCCCCAUACGGAAUGGAAAUUCGCAGAGUCCGACGAAAACGCCUUUCAUGACCCGCGAUGAGCAAAACAGACCGCAGCUAGACUGGUAUUACAUCUAUAAGCAGAAGCGGAGAUUAGAAGCCAAUUGGAACCAUGGCCGAUUUACCAACUUUAUUCUCCCUCAUCCUGACUUUCCAGAAGAGUCGCACAACGAGUGCGUCUAUACUAUUCAGUAUUCCGACCGCUAUCUUGUCAGCGGCAGUCGAGAUAAGACACUCAGAAUCUGGGAUUUGGAGACGCAGCGGCUCGCUCGGCCGCCUCUGACAGGGCACCAAGCGUCGGUACUCUGUUUACAGUUCGAUGAUAGCCCUCAAGAGGAUGUCAUCAUUUCAGGCGGCAGUGACUGCCAUGUCAAAAUAUGGCGGUUUUCGGAUGGCGUAUGUAUCCAUACCAUCAACAGAGCCCACCGAGAACCGGUGUUGAACCUUCGAUUUGACUCGCGAUAUCUCAUUACCUGCUCGAAAGAUCGUACCGUCAAAGUUUGGAAUCGAAAGAACCUACCCACGACUCACCCCAACUUCCCUCGCCCCACUGCGAAUGUCUCUGCGAAGUUUGCGGAGAGAGUCAUCAGUCUUGCUGCUGAAUACGAGCGGCAGCAAUUGAGUCAGGUCAUGUACAGCGAGGCCCCAUCUCUUAAACCGUAUGAACUGCUCAUGACCCUCCACGGCCAUACCGCAGCAGUGAACGCCAUUCAGAUUCUCGACGGCGAGAUUGUUUCGGCCUCCGGAGAUCGAACAGUCAAGAUAUGGGACGUUAGGUCUGGUAGAUGUGUAAAAACCAUACCUGGACAUAUCAAAGGGAUUGCCUGCGUGCAAUUCGACGGUCGACGAAUCGUCAGCGGUAGCAGCGACGAGACCGUGCGAAUCUUCGAUCGAGUCACCGGCGCAGAGGUAGCAUGUCUAAAAGGACAUACGAACCUCGUCCGUACUGUGCAAGCGCGAUUUGGCGAUCUUCCCGGCGCAGAAGAUGAGCUCGAAGCCGAAGCGCGCCAGAUCGAUCAGCAAUACUUCUCGGCCAAACGUCUAGGACAACUCGAGGAAGUGAGUCGCGAGGUUAUGAGAGCGCGAAAUUCUGGGUCGCGCGACCCCAGUCGUAUCUUCGCGUACGGCGCGAAACUCCCGCCUGGUGGAGGUGGGAGUCGGUGGGCGCGGAUCGUCUCCGGUUCCUACGACGAGACCGUGAUCAUCUGGAAGCGGAACGCGGACGGGGAGUGGGUCGUGGCUCACCAGCUGUCGCAGUCGAGGGCGGUUAUCAAGGCGGGAGGACCGAAUAACGCCAGGCAGAGACAUGUGGCUGCGGCCCAGGCCCAAAUGGCUCUUCCGAACCCGAAUCAGGCGCAAAACGGUGCAAAUCACCCGCAAGCACCUGCACCGCUCGCUCAGGGUCAAGGGGGUGCUGCGACGAGCAAUUUGCAGCCGCCCCAGAAUCAGGCUGGGCCAUCGACUGCGCAACAUCCCCAACCUCAGACCCCAGUUUCGGCUCAGGCUGCUUCUCAAUCAGCAAUCCAUCUUUCCGUGGCCAUAUCUGCAAGCAACGCAUCCACGAAUGGCUCUGCAUCUCGUUCGCCAUCCCCAAUCACACCCACUACCACCCCUUCGCAGCCGCAAGGGGCGUCAGCAUCCGCCUCGACUUCUCAGCCUCCAGCAGCAACAGCGUCGCAGAGCACUCCAGCGGCUACCCCGAACACGCCAACCGCCGCACCAACGCAACCAGCACCCGCAACUCCGGCCCCACAAUCUACCAACGAACCCCAACCCGCCCCGGCAGGACCGGUGCCCGCCCCGGCAGGCCAGCCUCUGACCCCCAUGCAGCAGCAACACCACCAACAAAUGCUACAACACAUGCAACACAUCCCUCCGGCACUCCAACAGUUCUACCAGCAGCAGGCCGGUGCGGCGGCCGGACCUGGCGCUGGCAACAACCCACCUCCACACCUGCUGCCGCCGCCGCCGGCCAUGAUGCCGUCGAACUCGCGCGUCUUCAAGCUGCAGUUCGACAGCCGACGGAUCAUCUGCUGCUCGCAGGAUCCGACGAUCGUGGGAUGGGACUUUGCGAAUGGGGAUGAGGAUAUCAUUGCGGCGAGUCGGUUCUUUGGGGGAGAUACGUGAGGUGGAUGGUUGAGCUUGCUUGUACCUCUGUGGUUUUGCGGCGCGUCCGGAACAGAGUCGUUAGAUUGUGGGGGAUAUAAUUUUACUGCUGGAUGCAUCGUUGGACUGGCGAUGCUGGUACAUGUGGAUGUUCGUGGGCUCUCGCUAUAAUAUAUUGAUAUAUUAGCACCCCGAUGGAUGAGGAUGAAAGGGAACUUGGGAAGCUUGGGUGGUAUAUAUUCGCAUAUAAUUGACGACAUGUAGCUGCAUUGCAGCGUCUUGGGGGCCGUCUGGGGGGCCUUUGGGUUGUAUUUACGGAGUCCUGGCCCCUCGGUGACGAUAGGCAAAUUCCAGGGGACUCUUCUUCUCAUUUUU